AUGGUACGCCAAAGUUCUUGUGUUGAAAGUCUUUAUAGGAAGUCGGAUGACUCUUACAAUCUACUGCCAAAACUUCUACUCGCUUUACAGCAAACCAACCUAGAAUCUGUUGUUGAUAUUCACACAACGGCCACAGCAACUCCCAAUGUGUUUGAGUUCAAGUAUGCAUUCUGGGCAUUUAAACCCGCACUAAACGGGUUUAAAUACUGCUUGCCCAUUCUUACCAUUGAUGGUAUACGUCUUUAUGGGAAGUACAAAGGCCAUUUAUUGAUAGCAGUCGGGUACAAUGCGAACAAAGAAAUAUAUCCAGUUUCGUACUCGAUUGUGGAUGCUGAGACUGGAGAUAGUUGGGUGUGGUUCCUGAAGUUGGUAGCACAACACGUGUUUGGGGAGUUCGAACACAUAUGCAUCAUUUCUGACCGCCAUGGUGGGAUCGACGUUGCAUUUCGCACCUUGUCGGAAUUGUGUGAGCCCCGGCUACAACGUCGUUACUGCCUCCGCCAUCUAAGAUCUAAUUUAAUGACAAAGUUUAAGAACAAGGAUUUAAAAUCGCUUGUUUGGCAAGCCGGGUGUGCCUUUGAUGAGAGGGGUUUUAAUGCCACAAUGAGCACCUUUCGCGCCAUUGAUGAGGCCGCGUUUGAUUAUCUUAAUGACAUACCUGCGUGCUAUUGGGCUCUGAGUCAUGAUUGUCGUUUUCUGCCCGUUUCAGCCAUAAUGAUGGUCACGUUUGAGAAACUUGCGUUGCAGUUUGCUUACAGACAAACAAAGGGCUUGGUAAUGCAAUAA